AAAAGAGUUAAAAAUCGAACAUAAUUCUAUUUUUCAAUUCACUUUAGAGCAAAAAUUCAAAAAAAAAGUCAACGAAAUAACUUCUUAUAACGGCAAAAAAAGUUUCAAAUUAUGCAGUACAAAUAACAUUUAUUUGAUUAACUAUUCAACUUUGUUGCAUCAAUAUCAGUUUAAUUUUUCUUCGAAAUUAAUCGUAAAAAGAUAAACUUUGAUAUUCAGUGUUGGACAGAGAGAGGCAAAAACGUGGAGAAUGUAGUGAGAGGCGCAAAGGGGUGAGGAGGCAAUAUGAUGCUUUAAUGUCUAGACACAGUAAAUUGACUGGGAAGUACACGCUGGUACACACGCCGUGUACCACACACAAGUGACAGCUGUCAUUGCUUGGUACAAAUUUUGGUUCAUCCUGUUCAAUAUUUUUAGAGCUUUCAAUACCAACAAAUCAUUUCAAUUGAUGAAAGGAACUCAAAAUCAACUGGUUGUGGAAAUUGAUUAUUGUGUCUGUGUGAUAAGUUAAUCAACAUUCAAAAAUUUCCGGGACGAACCGAUUGGUCCAAGUAGACGCAUGUCGCAAAUAAAAGCGGAAAAAUCAAAGAUUCCUCAGACGAAGGAAAUAUCAGUCAAUGAGAAUCAUUUAUCUACAAUAUUUUCAAAAAAAGUAAAAAUUGAAAUGGAAGAAGAAAAGAAAAAAGAAAGAUUGUUAAUGAACUCAGAAAAAAUUGCUUCAAAUAGCAAUGAUAAGAUAAUAAUUGGCGGAAUUGAAGGGGGCGGUACUCACUCUACUUUAAUAAUAAUGGAUGGAUACGGCACUCAGCUGACUUAUAUUACAGGACCUGGUACUAAUCAUUGGGCUAUUGGAAUGAAAGAAACUGCUACAAGGAUAAAUGAAAUGAUAGAGAAAGCAAAAGAAAAUUUAAAAAUUCCUUCAGCACGAGCUUUAGAUUCUUUAGGUUUGUGUUUAAGUGGAUGUGAAGAUGAAAAAACUAAUCAAGAACUGAUAAAGACUCUGAAUGAAGAUUUUCCUCAUUUGAGUAAAAAUUAUAUUGUUGGAUCUGAUACUAUGGGAAGCUUAAAGACUGGUUCUGAUAAUGGAGGAAUAGUUCUUAUUGCGGGAACAGGUAGUAAUGCAUUAUUAAUUAACCCUGAUGGAUCUACACAUGGAUGUGGUGGCUGGGGUCAUAUGAUGGGCGAUGAAGGUGGAGCUUUCUGGAUUGCUAGAAAAGCCUGUAAAUAUGUAUUUGAUGAUAUUGAUGGUUUGGAGAAGGCACCAUAUCCUAUUUCCUAUAUCUGGCCUGCAAUGAGAACAUUUUUUCAUGUAGCUAAUAGAAAUGAAAUGUUAACUCAUCUCUAUACCAACUUUGAUAAAAGCAAAUUUGCCAUGUUCACCAAGGAAUUAGCUACUGGAUGUGAAAAUAAUGAUUCUCUUUGUAAACUGCUAUUUAUUCAAGCUGGACAGUAUCUCGCACGACAUGUGAACGCCCUUGCCAGCAAAGCUCAUAAUGAGUUGAAACUGGCUACUGGUGGUUUGAAGGUCAUCUGUGUUGGAUCCGUUUGGAAAUCAUGGUGUUUCAUGGAAAAAGGUUUUACUAAAGAAAUUCACGAAGGUCAACAGGUCGAUGAAUUGACUCUUCUUCGUCUGAAAGCCCCUUCGGCUAUCGGAGCAUGUUAUGUCGCAGGGGAAAAAAUUUCAUGUGAAAGUCUAGUAAAAACACACAAUGAAAAUUCCGAGGCGUUCUUUUAUUUUAAACGAGGGUUAGAACCAACCAACGGAUCAUCAAUCAUUGCGAUCGAUAAAUACUGCGAAGCUGUUCGAGUGUCUGUUUCAUAAAAUAAUUUUUAAUAUUAGACUGGUAAAUAAAAGUAAAACUCAAUAAAUAAAUUUCAAAAUUAUCAGAAAA